CAGCUUUCUUUCUAUCCAGGUGUGUGGCCACACUUUUUCCAUUCUAUCCGAAUGGCCAAAAUUUCCACUUACAAUUUUUAUACAUCCCAAAAAUUUAUUCUACUAUCAUCUCACGUUUCACUGUCCCCGCCAUCUAAUGUUUACCCUACGGCUAAGAGAAGCCUCACUAUCACAAACGGCUGCGGCGCGGCUCAUUCCACAUUCGGAGGGAGGAUUCUACUGAUGAGUGGUGGUGCUGGUGAUUCUGCGCUGUCAGGGUGGCCAACAAACCAUCAAACAUGCGUUUUAGAAAGAAAUGGGAAAAAUAAGGGGGAAGAAGAUGAGAAGGGAACGAGGAAGUUUAAAAAAAUGCAAAGAGGAGGGGAAAAGCAUUUAAAAAAUAAACGAAAAAGACCACACAUAGAGGAAUUAUGA